GCUGCAGUUCCAUGGAUGAGAUGUAAAACAACAAUCAAGACAGACGUCAAAUGUCGCCCCAUGAUGAUUAUGAAGAUAGCUGAGACACAGCUCAUGGAUCUGUCGAAAGUAAUUCUAUAAAGUCUGCGAUGUGCUUCCCUAGGCCAGCUUCAUGUCUCCACCACUCAGUGUAUCCCUCAUUUCUGCGCUUGUUCAGUUCAUCACCCACAGGAGCGUAUUAGCAACAUGCAACGAGGCGCUGGACCCAGGCUGGUUUUGGCGGUUGAUUACGGCACUACUUCAACAGGUCAGGUUCCCCGAUGUCGAUGCCAAAAUCCGGCGACUAACUGUUGUAUGUUAGGGGUGGCGUAUGCACUUGCUGACGGCUUGAAAGAGCGUCCAGCUGUGACGCUUUCGGGAUGGCCUGGUAGUGAAAAAAGCAACGGCAGGCGUCUGAAAGUCCCAUCUCGCAUUUCCUACCGACAAAGUCGAGAACUGCCAUGUGACUGGGGCUUUCGAUGCCAGCCGGCCUCGGAGACUUAUUCCUGGACAAAGCUUCUCUUAGGGGUUCAAUACUCCUCAGAGCAGGGUUCCGACACAAAUCCUUUGAGCGAUCCGAUAUUGGAGGGAGUCAUGAGGAUGGGCAUCCUCAAGCUGCCUGACGGAAAAAGCGCCGUCGAAGUCAUUGCAGACUUCCUUCGCCAUAUCAAUGAAUACGCGCUAACAGUUUUAAAUGAAUCCAUUGCCAACGCUUGUCAGAGCAUUGAAGGAAUCGACUUCUGGAUUACGGUGCCGGCCACCUGGUCUGCAGAACAAAGGUCCCUCAUGAGGCACGCUGCCCAAAGAGCGGAGUUCGGGUCAAGAGCCGAGGAUAGGGUGUUUUUCUUAUCGGAACCCGAGGCUGCAAUGCAUGCAGUCGCCUACUUAAAUGGGGGAGAACUUCAGACCGGUGAUGGAGUGCUCGUUUGUGACUGUGGGGGUGGCACAGUGGAUGCCGCUUCUUUCCUUGUCACCGAAUCCGGAUCGCGGCCUUAUUUCCAACGGCUUAGUGCAGACAUUGGUAUGUAUGGCACCGAUGAUGCAUGAACGCCUCCGUAGCUAAGGUCUUGAUUAUAGGUGUCAGAUG